AUGCAGCCCCCAGACAUGCUCGGUUCUGCGGCCUGGAGAUUUGACGAGGCCGCCGGAGCACCUGCCCCUGUCUCCCAGCCUGAUGCUCCUGGCCACCAGAAGAAAGUGGUGUCAUGGAUAGAUGUGUAUACUCGCGCUACCUGCCAGCCCCGGGAGGUGGUGGUGCCCCUGACUGUGGAGCUCAUGGGCACCGUGGCCAAACAGCUGGUGCCCAGCUGCGUGACCGUGCAGCGUUGUGGUGGCUGCUGCCCUGAUGAUGGCCUGGAGUGUGUGCCCACUGGGCAGCACCAAGUCCGGAUGCAGAUCCUCAUGAUCCGGUACCCGAGCAGUCAGCUGGGGGAGAUGUCCCUGGAAGAACACAGCCAGUGUGAAUGCAGACCUAAAAAAAAGGACAGUGCUGUGAAGCCGGACAGCCCCAGGACCCUCUGCCCACGCUGCACCCAGCGCCACCAGCGCCCUGACCCCCGGACCUGCCGCUGCCGCUGUCGACGCCGCAGCUUCCUCCGUUGCCAAGGGCGGGGCUUAGAGCUCAACCCAGACACCUGCAGGUGCCGGAAGCUGCGAAGGUGACACAUGCCUUUUCAGACUCAGCGGGGUGACUUGCCUCAUAGGCUAUAUCCCAGUGCGGGGACAAAGAGGAGCCUGGUAAAAAACAGCCAAGCCCCCAAGACCUCAGCCCAGGCAGAAGCUGCUCCAGGACCUGGGCCUCUCAGAGGGUUCUUCUGCCAUCCCUUGUCUCCCUGAGGCCAUCAUCAAACAGGACAGAGUUGGAAGAGGAGACUGGGAAGCAGCAAGAGGGGUCAUAUACCAGCUCAGGGGAGAAUGGGGUACUGUCUCAGUUUCUAACCACUCUGUGCAAGUAAGCAUCUUACAACUGGCUCUUCCUCCCCUCACUAAGAAGACCCAAAUCUCUGCAUAAUAGGAUUUGGGCUUUGGUACAAGAACUGUGAUCCCCCAACCCUGAUAAAAGAGAUGGAAGGAGCUGUC